AGCAUGGUCUUCAAAUCAUGUCACUCCUCCCAAAAUCUUUUUCUCAUCACUCUCCUUUACCAUACUUAGUCCUUAAGAUUUCUCUUCUUCAUCUUCUCAUCUUCUUUUUCACAGUUUACAAAAUAAAACAAGAUCCAAAACCCAACCCAAUUUUUCAAUGGAAGAUACAAUUACAACUCCUAAUUACAUCUCAAAGCAACAGAAAUUAACCUUUAAUGUUCCAGCAAAACAUGCAGAUUCUAGCAGUAAGUUUUAUUAUCAUUUUUCCUUUAAAGCUAUGCUAGUUCUGAUAUUUCUAGUUGUACUUCCACUGUUUCCUUUGGAAGCUCCUGAAAUUAUCAGCAAAACUCUACAUACUGGAAGUUGGGAAAUUCUUCAGCUUAUAUUAGUUGGUAUAGCUGUUUCUUAUGGCUUAUUUAGCAAAAAAAGUGAUGAUGAGUCAGACAAUGAAUAUCAUAGUAAUUCAAAGUUUGAUAAUGUUAAAUCUAGAUUACUUGAGGUUUCAUCUUUUUUUUAUGAUGAGGCCGAAAACCAUUCUGUGUGUGAUGAAAACAGAGUUGAGACUUUGAGUCAUUAUCAGUACCAUAGUGGUAAGCCAGUAGUAGUUCAAGAAAAACACAGAGCUAUAAUUAGUUCAAGAAUUGAUGAAAAGCCUUUGCUUUUACCAAUUCGGAGUUUGAAAUCCCCUGUUCCUGAGCCUAUCUCAACCACUUCACCAAAAUCUCUUUCACCGUCACAGUCGAUUUCAUCUCCAAGAAAGUUUCCAUUUUCAUCAGAAUCUGAAGCCAAUAUUGCUGACAAUAUUAUGAGGAAAAAGAGUUUUCUUAAGUCCUCUCCGCCGCGGCCACCUCCACUGCCACCACCAACACCUGUUAUUAGAAAAUCUACUCUGUUGAAAUCAAGCUCUAUUAUUAUAGAUGAAAAGGCUGUUUCUGAUAAGGAACUGAGGAGAAGUAGUAGGAGUGUGCCAUUUGAGGGGAAGUCAGUUCGAACAAUUAGGCCAUUCAUUGGAGCUGCAAGAGCAAGAGUACUACAUGCUCAAGAUUUCAUAAAUGGAAAGGCAGAGGGAAUAAAGAAUAAGGAAGUUGAACAAACUUUUGUCGAUAAACAGAUGAAUGAAACGUCCCAUUUUGUACCAAAGCCAGCAGUGAUGGAGUUUGUAGGGGAAGAGAAGAAAGUGUUGUCUGUUGAAAAGGUUGUUGUGGAAACUGAUGAUUACUUUGAAGAGAGCACAGGAAAUGUAGAGGUAGCAAACAAGAAUGUUAGUGAUAAGGCAACUGAGAGUGUUACUGAUGUAGACAAGAAGGCGGAUCAGUUCAUAGCUAAAUUUAGGAAACAGAUCAGGCUUCAGAGAAUUGAGUCCAUUCGAACAUCUGCUACAAACCAUGUAAAAUGAUAUUGUUCAAAGUGAGGUGAUAUAAGAGCUACAUAUUUGUAAGUCUUAUGGUUAGGGAGUAAUUGACUUGCCAUUAGAACAGUUUUUCAGUUAGCUAGUAGUAAUUCACUUGGUAUUAGAGAAGUUUACUUGUGUUUUUUUGCCUUUUUAGUUUGUAUUUCCAAACUUGUCUCAUAGUGGCUACAAUGCUAAUAUGUAACAACACCAUUAUUUAGUGAUUCAGUUAAUUAAGUAGCUGUCUUUGUGAUGA